UCUAUUGCGAUAAUAAACCACACUUUGUGAAUAGUAAUGGCGAUCGAUGGUUUGUUCGUAAUUUGCUGCAUUUUAUUAAACUUCUGUUCUGCGGAACAGAUAUGGCACUCUUAUCAGUUCGAGUCUGGAUACGCCAACCGAGAAGAAUUGGUCAUAACAAAAGUUACAACUGAUAAUAGCUUUGCCGCCGAUGGUACCGUUUUGGCAUGGAGAACCUUGGCAGGUAACGGAAAAGUGUUCGGUGCUGGUUUGUUGGAUAAUGCCAUGGUAUUAUUAAAUGUGGAAUUAUCACAAGAUGGCAAAUCGUUUGUUGCACGACAGAAAGUGGCGGAAUUCCCUUGGAAGGUUACUGCAGUAGAAAUGUUCCAACAUUGGAACACUGAAACACGCAAAUUAGAGAUUAUACUCAUUUCGGCCAUUAUCAAUGACAACACCGCGGAAUUGAGGUGGUACAAACUUAACGACCUCGAUCUGGAACACUUCUGGACGUGGCCACUUCAGAAAAAGAUCUCGCAUAUGCAAUUUUUUCAGCUGGAAAGCGACAAAUGUAGACUUCUAAUCCUCAACGAUACAGCAGAUGUGUACGAAUUCAGCGUGAACUCCCUGACGUCCCCCCAGUUUUGGCUUUCGCAAACGCUACAACUUUCGUCUCCCGCAAACAGUUCGGCCAUUAAUUCUUAUGGUUCGGAUAUGUAUCUCUCCAUACCACAACAAAAGCAGAACGAAGUUCUGGUGUACAAACUAAUAAAGGACCAUUUUGAGUUUUGGAUUGCUAUCAGUAGUAACAAUGUAAAUCAGGUGGCCUCCUUUAAAAUCGGUUUCAAAUCCUUUUUGGCGAUUAACGGCGACACGCCCUCCAUUUAUAAGUUUGUUAAGGAUAAUAUCGAGUUAGAAAACGUGAAUGGUAUCCAUUUGACCAAUGUCGAAUUUUGGCUGCCCGUUCCCGUGAAGACCUACAGGGACGAAGUUGCGUUAAUUUUGCAACGCACCGUUGACCAUGACACGUACAAAUCUCAUUCUUUAGAGGCCGUUCUGUACGACGGACAUAAUUUUAAUAUGCACGAAGAGAUCCCCUGCUCAUUUUUUGGCGAGGCGGCGCACGGGCUGGAUUGUAUGGUCGACGAGGAUGGAUUCAAUGGAUUGUUAGGGGCGGCAGUUGUUUCCUUGAAAGACGUUUUAGGUAUUUUAGUGCCGCAUAAGAGUAAAACUAUCAUGUUUAUGGUCGAAACGGUCUUGAAGCAACGUAAAGGUCCUGUAGAAUUAGAAGUUGAGAAACUGAUUGAAACUAGACAACAGCUUCAGAAAAUGAUAUCGGAACAAAAAGCCCAAAUUGAAUCGAUUCAAAAACGUUUAGAAACGACCCCUCGUGAAGACGAUGUAGAUCGUGUCACCAUUUUGCCGGUGUAUCAAGAGGAGGUGACCACAGUUAUUGUACCGCUUCCAGAUGAUCAAGUAGUUCACGUCGGUGACCUAAAACAUCUAACUGAUGAUUUUGAAAAAAAUCUAAGCGAAACAAAAGCCGAAUUUGGAAAAAUUGCAGCUGAUAAUGAGGCAGAAAGGCGCUUUGGAUUAUUGAACGUGUACGGGGAUUUGCAAGCUUUGGGCUCCAUCUCAUUUCAAAACAUCAAUACUGAUCUAAUUAAUGAUGAAAGUGUUGAGGAAGUACUGCGUGACACAGUGCAAAAGAAUGCGGCGAAUAUAAUCUCAGGUCAUAAAACUAUCAAUAGUGCCAACAUUGGCAGCCUCACGUUUAGAGUGGCUAACGGAAUUAAUUCCGAAGAUUUGUUGUACAAGACCGAUCAGCCUCUAAGAUUAAAUGGGCGAUUGGUAUUUGAAAAUCAGGUGGAGGUAUUUGGCGAUGUUACGACCACACACGGAAACGUAAACGACAUUCGCCUAAUGAACGAAGUGGUCGAAAUGAAAAGGACAUACAACGAUACUUUCGAGUUUGAACACGUAAUCGUAACAAAAAAAUUGAACACUUCCCAGGCGAAUAGUUUUCGGAUUCAAAAAAGUUUCGCAGAGAUCGUCGGGGACGUCGGUUCAAAAGUGGAAACCUUAGAUUUGGAUUCGGUUGAAAUGCUUGGAGAUAUUACCGUUGAAAAUGUCAACGGGGAGAAUUUCGAAUUGUUCAAAAAGUCUCUCCGUUUAAGAGAUGUCGACAGUUACAUUCCUGGGGAGACGUUUAUGGCUGAUAAUGUAAUCAUUACUGGAGCAAUCGACGCCCAGUACUUGAAUGGAGUCAAGUUCCCGGAGGACCACCUAUUCACAAACUCCGAAUUUAGCACAAUUACAGGCCAAAAAAACUUCUUGAGUCCGUUGCACGUGGAACAGCUCAUCAUUGAGGGUAGUCUUAAUGGAAUCAGACCAGACAACAUUGUAACGCUUUCCACUAGUCAGUCGUUACCGGGAAACUUCCUUUUCACUGAUCUUGAAGUUACGGAGGUUAUUAAUGUAAAGGAUGAGGUUAACAUAACAGGAUCAUUUAUGGAAAAAUUCUUGCCCAAUCCUGGUCUGUUGGAGACUAACAGGAUUAGCGCGAGAGCCAAUUUUAGAUCCCUAAUUGUAGAGGGCAGUGUUAUUGUAUCGGAGAACUACAAUAAUAAGAACCUGCAAGAUCUUCUCCAGGAUGUCAUUUAUCUGACUGAUAGUUACGCACAUGUUACCUCAGUUAAAAACUUUACGAAGGGGCUUUCCGUUAGCAAUGGUAUCAUAUCGACGUCAGAGCGUGUUGGUGGCAUCCCACUUUCUUCCAUCAUCACCACGAACACUGAGCAAACAAUUUUAAUGCAGACAUUGAAUGGUGCCGUAGUCUUCCAGAAUCUCCUAGUGCAGGGGUUAUACUCAGGCAUCAAUAUUACGAAACUGGACCUAGAAACAGUGAAGCUUAGCGGUGAUCAGUUUUUGCCGGCCACUCUUGUAUUCGAAAAUGAUGGUCGAAUGGUUGAUUUGACAGCGACCAAGAUGGAAAUAUCAGGCACGUUGAAUGAAUUUCCCGUUGCCAAUUACUUUUACGACACCGAUGGAAGUGAAAGAGAUAUGGAAAUUAAUUUGAUAGACUUUUCCAAAAUACAGGCGCGCAAUGUUAUUGUGGAAGGGAGCCUGGCGGGAUCAAUAGACAACUUCUCUCUUGAGGAAUUUGACAAAAGACGCUUAAGCGCGACAAGACAACAAACAAUCUCUGCUAAAUACACAGCGGGGCGUCUCCACGCGGAGAACCUAAUUGCCAAAUGGGUUAAUGGGGAAUUAUUUGAGAAACUCUUCGACCGUGACUACUACUUAGAUCUGAUAUCGGAUAAAUUCGUUGCCGGCGACCUGUUUGUGAAAAAUAUCAACGUGAUCGGAAACUUGUCAGUGGAACAAGUUAUUAACGGAGAAGACGUUACUGAGCUUGUCAAAUCGCCCGUUUGGACCGACAAAAACAACAAUUUCACCGAAGUCACUUUCGCUGGGGACCUCUUCGUCAAUCAUUUCAAUUUAAAGCACUUCAAUGGAGUGCCCUUUAAACUGUUCACCGAUAAUGUGAUCUACAAAGAUGAAAAAAAUCCGGUCAUUACCGGUUUUAAGAAUUUCGUAAACGGUUUUCGCGUCACAAGGAUGCUCAAUUCGGAAUAUUUGAAUGGCAUUCACGUGGAUAACAUUUUGAUGAAAACCGGAGAACAGGCAGUAAAGGGACCGGUUACUAUUACUGGAAACGUAAUUGUUAAUUAUGAUACUGUGGUGGACGAGGGGCUCAAUGGUGUUCCACUGUCUUAUUUACGGGACGUUUACCAUUCGGAAAAUAACACUUGCGUUAUAAAUGAUGACUUGAUGUUCCAACGUGUUCCAUAUAUAAAUAACCUGAUAGUCGAGGGUUACGUGAACGACCUGAAUUUAGAAGAGUUUCUCCAAGAUGUCGUAUACAAAACCCAAAGCAGAAAAAUACCAAACAACGUAACGUUUCUAAAUAAGGUUCAUGUCAAGCAAAACUUAAACGUGCGGGGUAACAUUAACAACGUAGACUUUUCUGAGUUCGUAGAAGACGUUGCGGUUAUAACUAAAGAUAGUAUUAUUGGCGGUGACGUAACAUUCAUACAGCCGGUUUAUGCUGAAAGCGAAUUGAUGAUGGAUAACUUGGAGACCAAGUACUUGAGUGGGGUUGAUUUAGACAGUUGGAAGGAAAAUGCUGUUUUGACAAACCGUGGUAUAAUACCAGGCAAGCUCACGUUCGAGUACGUUACAAUGCAGGGAGAAGUUUACCUAAACUUUAUCAACGACAUUGAUCUCAACGCGCUGGUACCGUUACGUACAGAUCAGCAUGUCAACCAAAGUUUGGAAUUCUUGGAAAUAUCCCCCCUUCAUAACAUUUCCGUGCAAAAUCGUGUGAACGGUUAUGUAUUACCCGACGAAUACUAUAACUCAAUUUUCAUGGAUCAACGAUUACACGAAGUUUACUCAGAUAUCACCUUCGCCAAUAACGUUCUGGUGCGAAAUAAUCUACAAGUUGUGGGUUUGUCCGAUGGAAGAAAUUUGAGUAAUGCAGUUACCACAAACACCGAACAAAGGUUAACGGCAAAUUACGAAUUUGACUGCGAAGUUACCAUGAAUGACGAUAUAGAAGUUGGGGGACAAGUUAACGGUGUAAAUGUAAGGGAAUGGAACGAACGGGGUGUUAAAACUGACGGCGUAUUCGUGCAAACUAUAUCAGAUAAUUGGACAGCGACUAAUGGCGUGGUGUUUGGUGAAAAUGUCUUUGGCGAUGCGUUAUUGCAGGGAAUAGACGUGGUGAAAUUGGCGGAUACCGUUGAGCAAAAGCGCAUUUUGAAGGUUUACGCCGAAGAUGGAAUAACGGGAACUUAUGAAAAUGUAUGUAAAGACGUCAGCGCUGUUAUGAAGAGAGUAGAAUCGCAAAUAUACCUGUUCAAAUACUUCGACUACCUGCAACGUUUCAAAUUUGAAGCCGAGAUCGAAAACAUCCACCAGUUUAAGUCGGGCACGGAAGACUACCUCUUGGUCACCGAAGAAUCCUCCUGCACCUCCCAUUUAUUCGCAUGGUUCAAAACGGAAUUUUCUGAAAUUUCCAUUAUCAAAACGGGAACGAUUUCCCAAAUGAUAACCGUGAAAGACGGAGAUUACGUUUUCUUGGUCAGUAAAAGCAGCGCAUUUUUAACGGAUUGUAGGUAUUUCGGUACAAAUAUCUGGAAAUUCGACCAUCAGGAGUUGGUACUGUUGCAUAAAUUGGAAAACUAUAAACUGCUGCAAGAUUCGUUGAUAUCCGGUACAUUCUACGCACUGUCGGACGAAUUUGUUGUAGAAUACCACUUGCACACGAAAGGAGCGACCGAAGUAAAAAACCACCGGAAAUGGAGAAUUUCUGAGGAUAAUUGGAGAUUUGUACCCAGAGGUUCGGGACUUGGUUUAUCUUUAAGUAAUGGGCGGAAGUUGCUGAAACUCAGCCGCCAUGAUUCCGUGGAAGAGACUGAAUAUGGAUAUGAAACAGAUGUGUUUCUUAGAGGGAAUAUUAUAGAAGAGUAUAAUGGUUUAAUUCCGCCUGCUGGUGAUGGAGAUAUUAUAACCAUGAACGUCGGUAUUGGCAACCAUAGGAAAAGUGUUGUUGCAGUCGGUACAAACAAUCAAACCAGCGUGAAAGAGGCAUUUGACUUCAUCAAGAUAUACGAAGAUCUCGCCACAGGGAAGCUAUUCCAAAACCUACCAGCUUACAAACCGUCAUCCCUUCUCUCACUAGAACCAAGGAACAACGGUGAAACCUUACUUCUAUUCCUCGAGGACAAUAAGCUGCUACAGGUUUAUGAGUACAAAGGUUUUAACAAAUAUAAACACAAAACUACCGUCAAGAUGCCAGGGACGAAUUUGUUCUCGAUAACGGUCCCCACGAACAAGACAAUCGGGAUAAAUCAAAUAGUAGGAGUUGUAAAUAAAAAGGAACUUACCCUGCUUAAAGCUGUUAUGGUCGGUAAUCGAAUUUCAAUCGAUCACCCGGAUUGCAAACUAUAAAUGUGAUAUAUUUAUUAUUGUUAAUUGUUAUAACUAAUAUGUUGCUUAGGAGUUAGUUGUGAAAAAAAAUUUGGUUCGAUA